AUGUCGGAAAAGUGGUGCGGUAAAAGGUUUGCUCAAGAGAGUCAUCUGAAUAACCACUUGGUUUGGCAUAGGAAGGAGAAGAAGUUUGAGUGUGGAAUCUGCAGCAAGAGGUUUACCAUGGAAAGUCAUCUUGACAGUCACAUGAUUGUGCAUAGCGCUGAGAAGAAUUUUAAGUGUCAAGUUUGUGAAAAGUGCUUCACAAUGGAGAGCCACUUGAAUGGUCACAUGCUUGUCCAUACUGAGGAAAAGAACUUUGAAUGUGACAUCUGUCAUAAAGCAUUUAUCAUGGAGAAUCACCUUAGAAGUCAUAAACUUGUACAUAUCAAGGAAAAGAAGUUUGAAUGCAUGAAGUGUGGCAAGCGCUUUGGGCAAAGAAGUCACCUGAACAGUCACAUGCAUUCGCACAAUGUUGAAAAGCGUUUUGAAUGUGGAGUCUGCGGAAAACGUUUUGCUUUAGAGAUUCAUCUCACAAGCCAUGUGCUUGUCCACAGUAUGGAAAAGAAGUUUGAAUGCGAUGUGUGUGGCAAGAGAUUCAUGAUGGAGAUUCAUCUUAAUAGCCAUCGCCAGGUACACAGUGUUGAGAAGAAGUUUGAGUGCCUUGUUUGUGGCAAGCGGUUCUCUAUGGAAAGUCACUUGAACAGCCACAUGAUUGUUCACAGUGAAAAGAGAUUUGAAUGCGAAGUCUGUCGCAAACGUUUCACAAGGAAGGCACACCUAAAUAGCCACAGGUUUGUGCAUAGUGAAGAAAAGAGGUUUGAAUGUCAUGUAUGCCAUAAGCGAUUCACCCAAGAAAGCCACCUAAGCAGUCACAUGUUUGUCCACAAUGAAGAAAAAAAGUACGAAUGCGAGGAAUGUGGCAAGAAGUUUAUCCAGGAAAUUCAUCUCAACAGUCAUAGAUUCAUACACAGUGAAGAAAAAAAGCUUGAGGCAAGCGAGUGGGGGAAAAGAUUACCGGAUGGCCAACUCAAUGGCCAUGGUGCACAUGACAUGAUGAAGAGAUUUGCAUGUGAUGAAUGUGGCAAAAGGUUUUCUCAAUUGAGUCACCUCAACAGCCACAGGUUUGUACACACGGAGCAGAAGAUCUAUGGUUGCGAGGAAUGUGGUAAAAGGUUUAGACAAGAAAGCCACUUGAAUAGCCACAUGUUUGUGCACAGUCAGAAGAAGAGAUUUGAAUGUAUGGAAUGUGGAAAGAGAUUUACACAGGAAAGCCACCUUAAUAGCCACCGAUUUGUUCACAGUGAGAGAAAAGGAAUGGAUUACACUGAAUACACAAAGCAGUAUCCAUUGCCACAGAAGGCAGUCACCAACAAUCAUGCUGCUGCUGCUGCAGCUGCUGCAGUUGUAGAUAAGAAGACUCAUGAAUAUUUAGAGACCAUGAAGAACUUCCCUCAACAAGCAUAUCAGCCAACAUAUGCAUAUGCACAGUGGGAGCAAGUAAGAACGCUAUGGACAAUGUAGCCAGGACAUGAAAUAAUGGUAUUAAAUUUGUAGGAGGGAUGACUAAUGAAAAGAAAUUUGAGCCUGCCACCAUUAUGGACUAUUUGUAAAGUAGAAUCAAAUAUUAGCACACAAAGUUAACUUUUCCCAAUAGAACAUUGUGAUAUAGCACAUUGCUUAUGAACUCUUCCUUCAGUCAAUAUCAGAAUGCUUAGUUCUGUGUUGAAAAGGGGCCUUAAAAUAUUUCUCUUAUGCUGUAUUAUUUUUUAGAUACAGUACCUCCUGAAAACUGUAGAAUGACAAGGUCUCAACAUCUUUCAUCAGAUGUAAAUAUAAUGGUGCUUUAGAUGGACAUUUUGAUUUGAAGUGGUAGAGAAAUUCAUUCAUAAGUAAGAUGAUAUUGCAUUUAAUGCAUUAGUGAUCUUUCCACAUUGAUGAAUGACUUUCAUGGUGGCCAAAGGGCCAGUUUUUAUGGCCAAUGUAAUGGUUUACUGGUUUUCUAAGUUACUAUGUAGUUGAUAAUGUGUUAUGUCCAAAAAAUGUGACUGAUCGGCAAGCACCACAAGUGAUUUUGGUCUAAUUAUUUAUUUUACUUUUAAUUGAAUAUCUGUGUUAUUUCUCAAAUUAUAGUGUGUGAUAGACAACAUGUGUUGUAGCAUAUAUUCACAAUUUCCCUGUCAUUGAGGUGACGAAGAUGUACCGUAGUUAAAGAGAAAAUGCAUUCACAUCACCUGUGCAAUUGAUAGGUUCAAUGUUCCAGGAGCUUUCCCUAAUUUGCAGUCAAGGUAGUUGUCUGAUUGCAAUUAAAUACAAGGAAUGCUUGUGUUUAGAAUUUUUUAUAUUGGUUUGUAGCAUUUUCCAAGUAUAUCUUGAGCUAUGCAUCAACUUGUUCUGUUGCACAUGUAUAAGAGCUAGUAAUUUCAGAGUGAAUCUUAAAGAGAAAAAAGUGCCAAUUUAAUUUUGUAAAUUGAAAAUUCCAUUAGAAGGUCUGGCACUAGUUGUUUAGAUUGUAUUGAAUUCAUAAAUAUUUUCUUGGAUGUGAAUUCAGACGGUAAAAAUUUGGCUUGUAGUUAGUGAUUAUCAUGGCAUCGUGAAACUGAG